AGAAGUGCUUUGUCCAUGUCAGUCCCUCUUGGCUGUGGUGUCUGCGGUUUCUCUGUGUUCUUAGUUGCUCCCUUUCUUCCUCCCCCUCUACAUCCCUGACCCUCUACUUCCCUGGCCCUUUCCAUAUCCUCUAUUGACUAUACUACACAAUCCACCCGUGAUCAUACACACUUUUCACUCUUCUGACGUGAGGGGAGAGACCAAGCCAGCCUUUCUACUCAAUAACACUAUCACCAACUCUUGGACAGAAUGAAACUUUGGACAUGUUUUCUUUGAGGCUAUUGAAGCAUAGUUGUUGUGAAAUCUAUUGGAAUUUGAUUAAAUGUGUACAAGAGUUAGAGACAGGGACAGACGGAGCCGGAGGGAAUGAGCGAGGGAGAGGGGUGUGUGGUUUUGGCUGGGAUAAGAAAAGAGAUGGUUGGUCAGGAAUCUGGCUGAAGGACAGUGGGAGGAGGAACACAUUAUGUUCAGAAGUCUCUCAGAGGAACUGAAGCUCUCUUUGAGCCCAUGCUUUGGUACGGUAAGUUGGGCUAUUGAUAACAGCAAUGGUUUGGGUUUAUCUUGGGCUCUGGGUGUUCUUGUUGGGGUGUAGCCCCUCACAGCUGCAUGGGCAGGUUAUUCUAGGUAAGGGGGAAGUGUGUGGAGGGGCAGUGGAGGGCCAGUGUGACACCAACCUCACAUGUGUGUCUGUGAAGCCCGCUGACAAGGAGCAAACACCCAGUGCUGGACUCUGCAGCCCUCCCCUUGCCCCAGGCUGUGUGCCAUGCUCUGGAGUGCUGUGUCCCCGUGCCAGGCGAGUCUGCCCUGGGGGACAUGUCACUGAGCCAUGUGGCUGCUGCCCACAGUGUGCCCGUCAGAUGGGCCAGGUGUGUGGAGGCCCCCACUGGGAGAAAGGCUACUGUGACAGAGACCUCACCUGCACCCUGUUCACCGGACGCAGCCCUGCCAGACCCCCACACACCGGCGUGUGCAAAGUGUUACUUGGGCAUCAGGCAGACCCCCUGGCAGACCCCCUAUGCCCCUGGAUGUGGGGCUGCAACGUCAGGGCAGGGGCCUGUGACUGCUACUCCCUACAGACUUGCCACGCUGCCUUCUCCUAUCACAGUUUGGACCAAUGUCUCAAAACAAUGAGAGGGGAUGAGCUCUGGAGUGAGAUGGAGGAACAAGGGGAGCAUACAUGUGUGGAAUGGGGCUGUGAGUUGCAGGGAAGCCAGUGUGUGUGUAUGGAGAGGAGCUGCUACUCACCCACACCAUUAUUCUCUGAAGACACCUGUGAAAACAUGCUGCAGAGAGCUCGCUGCAGCAAUGUUAUCUGCCCUGAGGUCCAAGUCCCUUCCUGCCCUGCUGAUUCCUUCCUCACUGAGCCUUACAUUCCUCAUGGCCAAUGCUGCCCCCUGGUGCCAGCUAUUUGCACAUGCAACUUCGAUAAAUGCCCGUUGGCACCCCCGACCUGUCCUCCUGGCCAGCAAGUCCACGGUGUGGAGAGCAGGAAUGGUCUUCCAGGGGCUUGUUGUCACCAGUACCAGUGUGUGUAGGGUUAGGCACUGCUUAGGCAGCAAAGUUUGAUGAGAUGAUGACAGACAAAGAGAAAGAAGAGAGAAGGGGUAGACAGGCCAAAGGAAAGUGCCAGGACCUCACACAGAGCUGGACUCGACAGACAGGACUCCACUGGUUAAUAGCUGAUGGAUUGCAUGGGCAAUUGUAUAUGCAUUAUGACUCACACAUUGCCUACAGUUUUUAUUUCUGAAAUCAUGGCAUUAAUAGCUUUUUUUGAGCAACGUAGCCUAAAUGUAACUAAAACCAUUUAACUAAAUUCUAAUACAUUCUAAUACAUCACUGAUAAUGGGUUGGGAGGAAUAGACUACUGUGCCCGUGGUAGGAUACUGGAUGCCAUGUGCAUAUUUUCAUAAUAAAGGAAACAAUAGACCCCUCUUUUCAAAUGA